CCCCCAUCCACAACACUCCGCCCCAUAUGACUGCGUAGUCUACUGUUAACGGAACAAUAGUGUUUUAUGUUUCUUUCAUGUAUCUUUGAGCCUAUAUGAGCUGAAGCUCCACAGAUAUAUUCACAUACGGUGACCGGCGUGGACAGAGUGUAAAAUAAGUAUGUCUCGAGAGCAGAAAGCAGUGGAGCGUGCCAGAAAGGCUUUCCUCACAGGCCGGACCAAAUCAUUGGACUACCGCAUUACCCAAUUAAAAAACCUGCUGCGCUUCGUUAAUGAAAGACAAAAGGAAAUCGCAGAGGGUCUCAAAAAGGAUCUCAGUAAGAGUGAGUUUGGGACGCCUUUAUAUGAGACCCUUGGUAUAGAGAGUGAGAUUAACCAGGCCGUCAGCAAGCUGAAAGAUUGGGCAGCUCCUCGACCCGUGACCAAAAACCUUCUGACCAUCACCGAUCAGGUCUACAUCCAGCCUGAACCUUUGGGGGUAGUGUUGGUCAUCGGAGCCUGGAAUUACCCUUGGGCUGUGACCAUUCAGCCCCUUAUAGGAGCUAUAGCAGCAGGUAAUGCAGCUGUGAUCAAGCCAUCUGAAGUCAGUGCACACACUGCCAAAGUAAUGGAGGAUCUCUUACCUCUCUACCUGGACAAAGAGCUGUACCCUGUUGUCACCGGUGGGGUGACGGAGACCCAGGAGCUGCUGAGACAGCGUUUUGAUCAUAUCUUCUACACUGGUAAUGGUACAGUGGCUAAAAUCAUCAUGGAGGCUGCAGCUAAACACUUAACCCCUGUCACGCUGGAGCUGGGUGGAAAGAGCCCGUGCUACAUUGACAAAAACUGUGAUCUCGCUGUUGCCUGCCGACGUAUUACAUGGGGGAAGUAUACAAACUGUGGUCAGACCUGCAUUGCUCCAGAUUUCAUACUGUGUGAGCCCAGUAUCCAAGACAAAGUCAUUGAAGAGAUCAAGAAGAAUAUAAAGGACUUCUAUACCGAAAAUCCCAAAGCAUGCCAGGAUUAUGGACGCAUCAUCAAUCAGCGCCACUUCAAGAGAGUGAUGGCAAUGCUGGAGGGCAGCACUAUUGCUGUAGGGGGAGAAAAUGAUGAAUCGGACUGCUACAUUGCUCCGACUAUUUUAAGGGACGUGAAGCCGGAUGCAAAGGUGAUGCAGGAUGAGAUCUUUGGUCCUCUGUUGCCCAUCAUAACAGUGAGCGGUGCAGACGAAGCCAUCAAAUUCAUGAACCAGAGAGAGAAGCCCCUCGUUAUGUACGUCUUCUCACAAGACAAGAAGCUGAUUAAUCGCAUGAUUGCAGAGACAUCUAGUGGUGGAGUCUUGGCCAAUGACUGUUUGAUCCACUUCUCAGUCAGCACUUUGCCCUUCGGUGGAGUUGGUAACAGUGGGAUGGGCAGCUACCACGGCCAGUUUAGUUUUGACCGGUUGAGUCACCUGCGUGGCUGUCUUAUCAAACAGCUGAAGAUGGAGGGAGUGAAUAAGAUGCGUUACCCACCACAUACAGCAGAGAAGCUGGGCUGGGCACGCUUUUUGAUUCUCAAACAGGUCGACUUUGGCAGCCUGGGCCGCUUAGCACUGCUGGCUCUGCUGGUGGUGUUUGUUGCAGUGAUGUUACAGAGGUACACUGACUAAAAUGUGAAAUAUUAUGAAGAAAGUUCAUCUUUACCCUGAAGACAGAUGUUGGGUGAAUGGGAAUGUACAAGUGCUGCUUUUCUCUUUUGCCUUAUAUUGUCAUGAGCCUGGAAACAGGCCACAAAUCAUUUCAACUGUUAAACAUGAUUUUAUUUUUAAAAGUAAUUUAAACUAAUAUAACAUUUUAUUGAUUUUACGAGUAAUGAAUGGAACAUUUGCAAUAUCUAAAGCACUUUAAUCGGUGUUUAUUUAAAUAUGCAGACCUUUGCUCUCCCAUCCAUCAUGUUUGGGUUGUUUUUAAAUGAAGGAAAUGAAACGCUAUCAGAAUACAGUCGAUUUUAUGAUGCUGUAUUCUUGAGUAAUAGAAACACUUUACUUAAACUCUAUGAUAUUUUAAAAGAUGUCCAGCAUUUUGAAGAAAUGCACAUUUCAAACAGAAAAACAGCCAACGUUAUACAUUUCAUGCUACCGUUUCUUUUGGCUGAUAUGUUAUACCUCUUAGAGAUGAUGGUUAUAUGGUCCAGUAUGUUUCAUGAUUAGAAAGUUUUUACUGAAAUAUAAAAUACUAAAUCAUGAAUGUUUAAUGUUUCAGGUAUAAGAAAGUAGACCAAAGAUGUGUAUGUAAUAUCCAUACUAAACAUGUGACCCUGGACUACAAAAUCAGCCAUAAGGGCACAUUUUUUGAAAUUGAGAUCAUAUGAAAGCUUAUAUAACAAGAUGUUUGGAUUGUUAUGAUUGGAAAAAAAUAAAAAAUAUUGGGAAAAUCACCUUUAAUGUUGUCCAAAUGAAAUCUUUAGCAACUGCAUACACUCACAAAAAUAAGGUUUUGGUAUAUUUACGGUAGCAAAUUUACAAAAUAUCUUCUUAUAACAUGAUCUUUACAAUAAUUUUGACAUAAAAACUAUAAUUUUGACCCAUACAAUAUAUUGUUGGCUGUUGCUGUAAAUAUACCGUGGUUUUGUGGUCCAGUGUCACAUAUGUUUAGUAUGGAUAGCUUAUAGAAAAACUAUGUCUGACGGAUUUCCAUUAAACUUCUCAUCUGUGUCUUAUACUGUAGUAAUACUACUGAUACAAGAGUUGUAUCACAUACAGUGAUUUUUAAUAGCACAAUAAACAUUUUACACAGCUU